AUGCAGUCGGGGGGCGUUGUGGAGCCAGCACAGUCUCGCGAGCCCCUCACAAGGACCCAGCAAAGGACACAGGCUGUGAUGGAGGCAUUGAAACGGCCCAAUUCAUUCGAGCUCAAGGAAGCUGCUCUGCUGCCCAAGGAGGGAGAGACUGAAGAUGACCGCAUGAAUCGCAUCGCUCACAAUGUGUUCAUGAAGUACUCCCGAUCCAUCCGAAGUUCCAACUGCCCGCCGGAGGUCCUGAACGCAGCCAAAAGCGCAGUUCGAGGCUCCAAAGCUUUGGAUGACAUGUUUGCAGAGUACCUCAACUGUGGUGGUAAUUGGUUGUGCUCCAGCCUGUGCACAAGGGUCGAGACAACGGUGUCGAAAAGUUUGCAGGGGCAGGACAUCUACGUCCGUCUGUGUGACUUGCGCAAGCAAGAGGGAGACACAGUGGCAAACGAGAUCUUUGAGUCGAAGAAGAAGCUCCAAGAGCAGACGACAGACAAAAGCAGCACGACGUCCACCUUGCAGACCGACAGUGUGAAUUUGGAUGGGACCACCACCAAAGCUCUGAUGUUACUUUGCUGGUUUGUGGUGGAGGAUAGGCCAAGAGUGCUGGAGGGCCUCACAACCACUGUGGGAUCCAGUGCUUCCUCACAUGUGGGGUCGCUUGCUUUGCCGAUGGCGAUCACUGAUGCAUCUACAGGUGCGAACAUCGAUGUGGCUGCAGAGUUGCAGCCUAUGGACAAAAAGAAGAGGAAUGCCCUCAUCAACCAGGCCAAGAACAAGAGCAGCCUUGCUGACAGCAAGAUUGAGGAAAUCCAGCCGCUCAAGGAUGAGAUCACAGGGAAUGAGAAGCUGUCGGAGCCUGUGAAAACCGGCUUCCACGCGGAGCUGGACAUCCAUGAAGGCUGCCUCAGGACUGCCAAGGGAAAGGUGGAGGUGUUGCUAAGCAAAAGCAGCACGGACAAUCUACAGAAUUGUCUCGAUGAGUUGAACCAAAGCAUCACCAACUUCGUGCAAUCCGCAGCAUGCCCGAAAGGCAAGGCGAAGGCCAAGGCAAAGGGAAAAGGAAGCUCGGAUGAGCUGGGGCCGCUGGAACUAAAGAUGCAUGGGGCCAAGCUACCCCCGUGUGCUGACAAGAUCAGACGUGGUGGCGGCGGUGGCAUAUGGACCCAGAACGUGGAGAGAGACACCUUGCGAUCCCUUGGAGCCUAUGAGAUGGCUAUCAACUCAGUGCCCUUGGAAACGGUGACGGUUCCCAUGGUGAAGAGUGCAACCGAUCCCACUAUUGUGGAGCUGUUGCCUGUUGUGCUACCUCAUCAGCUACUGCCUCACCUCGUGAAGCACGGGCACGUGGUGCCCAACAAAGAAGAAAUUGGUGGCUAUUGGGCCCACAUGUUCCGCCACGUGUGCAUGGGACUAGUCCUCGACUGCCGCAAAAGUUCCAUGGAAACCCACUGGCCUCUGUUCUUGAUACGGCAGGUGGUCGAGUCCUUGAACCUCCUCUUCAACGGCGUGACAGUGAUGGGCACCGACGGGGUCGAGACCCAGGUGUAUGCUGCUGUGACAGAGCUGCGUGCCGAUUGGAAGUUUUACCGGGAGACUUUGCGCCGCUAUCAGAUGGUUCCACGUAUUUCCAUAAUUAGCUUAUUAAUAUAA